UUUUUUUCAUCUAUGGUUUUGUGAGAUCAUUUUAUUUUGAAAUUUAUUUUAACGUGGAAUUAACGAUGUAGAAGCAAUAAUGAAUUAAACUUAUUACAUUUCAAGUAUAAAAAUGGUGGUAGUUGUUUAAAAAUCGUAAAUUUUCUUCUAUGUCCGUACGCGGACAGUAAAAUUCUACUAAAAAGACAAUUCUUUAUGCCCGCCAUGCGGGCUUUCUGUCAAAAAAGAUGUCAAAUGGCUUCAUUCAGCACGCAGUUUAUUUACUCCUGAUAAUUAUCGAAUUUGUGCUCGGCAUAGUGUUUAGUGUGUUAAACAGUAUAUUUUUUAUAUUAAAGUUGUUAUUGCAUUACGUUUUUGAUGUAAAUAUGACUGAGUCAUCGAAAAAACGCAAGAGAAAUUCAAAUGAACAACCUAACCAAACUGUGGCUUUACGUGGUGUUAUUGACGCUAACUGGCAAAAGUUUUUAUCAAGCAGCCUUAUAAUGGAUAAGAAAACAGAGAAGCCCGUUCAGAACAACAACAAGGACCAAUACACGGGCACAUUCAGACGCGCGAGGAAGAAAAAGGCGAAAGACCACGAGAGUGUCCAAAACGAUUUAAAAACCUUGAAUUUAACUUCAAAAUCACCAAACAGCGAUACCUUAGUCAAUAGCAUAGAAAACAAAAAGAAUAGUGUUCAAAAAAACGAUGAUAGUGUUGUGAAAAAUAAUACUAAUAAUAAAAAUCGACUAACGAAAUUUCUAGCAAUGGACUGUGAAAUGGUAGGUGUAGGUUAUGAUGGCAACGAUCAUAUGUUAGCUAGGGUAUCAAUAGUCAAUAAAUUUGGUGAUUGCAUUUACGACAAAUUCGUGAAAGCUCGCGAAGAGGUCAAAGACUAUAGAACAGACGUAAGUGGUGUCAGAAAAGAGGACUUGCUCAAUGGAGAAGACUUCACUACUGUACAAAAAGAGGUUUCGGAUUUAAUUAAAGGAAAGAUCUUAGUCGGUCACUCAUUGAAAAAUGAUUUGUCCGUUUUGUUUCUGUCGCACCCUAAAAGGAAUAUUAGAGACACAUCGAGAUACAAACCAUUUAGAAAGAUAACUAAAGGCAGCACACCGUCUUUAAAACGCUUAGCGAAAGAAAUCCUCGGUAUAGAUAUACAAUCUGGUGAACACAGUUCUGUGGAGGACGCGAGAGCGGCCAUGCAGCUAUAUUGCAGCGUAGCCCGACAAUGGGAGCCCACACUCUCCGAUAAGCGCGGGAAAAAGAAGGUCAACCCGGAAGACGACUAGUCCCUCAAAUGGUCUUCAGUUUCUUAAAGAAAUAAAUAUAUUUUGUGAAUUGUUUUUUUCUUUUAAGCCUUUUUUUGUAGACUUAAGCCUCUUAUUGCCUUUUGAAGCUUAAAAGCUAGUGUUGUGAUCUUGUGAUGGAAUUAAUCGACUAAAUAGUCGAUUUUAAAGGUAGUUCUCGAGAAUAUACGAAUUAGAAAUUAAAUAGUUGGUCUUUUUCCAUUGUUCAUUGAAGUUUCAAAAGAUACGUAAAUACUGCAAAUUUUAAGACUUGUUAAAUGGAAAAUAAUUACUAACAAUCUAGGUAAUUAAGUGUGUAUUUCUGUCAAGUUAUGAAUACACAGCUUUGAAAUAUAAUAAAAUUGUUAAGUAAUCGUAAACACGUCGUGUUUUCUCUCAAAAGUUGAUGUUCUUCAAAUAUAUUUUUUUAUUACGA